AUGUCGCCCUUCAUCCUGAUUUCACCCGCUACGCGUGGUAUCUCCCUUGCGCUCAUCCGCCAUUACCUCAGUUCCACGUCACUACCAGUCUUUGGGACAUACAGACCAACUUUUCCCUCGUCCAAGGAACCUCGGACGCCAGACUCGGUACGCGAACACAUUCUCCAGCCUCUCAGCGGCGUCGAUCCCUCCCGUCUGCGCCUCCUCCCGCUUGACUUCACUUCGGAGGAGAGCAUCGCUGCUGCGGCAGACGCACUCGCGGCCGCGCUUCCCAAGGAUACCGAGUCCUACAUCCGCGUCGCGUUCUUUCUUGCGGGCAUCUUGUACCCCGAACGCCAACCUAACGACUUCUCGCUGGAGAACAUCUCAGAAACGUUCAACCUCAACGUCAUCGCGCACAUGCUCCUCAUCAAGCACUUCUCUCGCUUUCUGCCCCCCGCCUCGGCCGGCAAAGCGAGUGAUGCGCUCGCGAAGUGGGUCCACGUCUCUGCCCGGGUCGGCUCGAUCUCGGACAACAAGCUCGGCGGGUGGUACUCGUACCGCGCCUCCAAGGCCGCGCUCAACCAGAUCAUCCGCACGUUCGAUCUCCACCUGCAGGCCAAGAAGCUCCCCGCGAUCAGCGUCGGGGUACAUCCGGGAACAGUUAAGACGGAUUUCAGCAAGCAGUUCUGGAGCGGAGUCAAGCCCGAAAAGCUGUUCGACCCUGCGUAUGCUGCUGAGCGGCUAGCCGAGGUUGUCAAGGGGCUUGGGAAAGGCCAAAGGGGGAGGAUUUGGGACUGGAAGGGCGAGGAAGUGAAGCCCUGA